AUGUCCGAGAACUCUGUCUAUAUCGUCGCCACCGCCAGAACCCCAAUUGGUUCUUUCCAAGGUGCCCUCUCUUCUUUAAACUAUGUUGACCUUGGUGCCCAUGCCGUCACUGCUGCUUUAUCAAAAGUUCCAGAGAUUAAACCUGAGCAAGUUGAAGAAAUUGUCUUUGGUAAUGUUGUCCAAGCUAACGUUGGUCAAAAUCCUGCUAGACAAGUUGCCUUAAAAUCAAAAUUAGGCGUUGAUACCGUUGCAACUACUGUUAAUAAAGUUUGUGCUUCAGGUUUAAAAGCCACUAUAAUAGCUGCUCAAACCAUCUUGUUGGGUAAUGCUGAUAUUGUUGUUGCCGGUGGUGCUGAAUCUAUGACCAAUGCUCCUUAUUACGUCCCAGCUGCUAGAUCUGGUGCUAGAUAUGGUGAUUCUGUUUUAGUUGAUGGUUUACAACGUGAUGGGUUAGCUGAUGCUUAUGAUGGUACCGCUAUGGGUGUUUCUGCUGAGAAAUGUGCUAGAGAUUAUAAUUUAUCAAGAGAAGAUCAAGAUAAUUUUGCUAUUAAAUCUUAUCAAAAAUCUCAAAAAGCUCAUGAAUCUGGUAAAUUUAAAAAUGAAAUUACACCAGUUGUUAUUCCAGGUUUUAGAGGUAAACCAUCAACAACUGUCGAUGUUGAUGAGGAAAGUUAUAAAUUAAAUGUUGAUAAAUUGAAAAGUGCAAGAACCGUGUUCCAAAAGGAAAAUGGUACUGUUACAGCUGCUAAUGCUUCACCAAUUAAUGAUGGUGGUGCUGCCUUAGUUUUAGUUUCUCAUAAAAAAUUAGUUGAAUUGAAUUUAAAACCAAUUGCAAGAAUCUUGGGUUGGGGUGAAGCUGCACAAAAUCCAGAAGAUUUCACAACUGCACCAUCAUUAGCAGUCCCAAAAGCUUUAAAACAUGCAGGUUUAAAAAUUGAAGAUGUUGAUUUUUUCGAAUUAAAUGAAGCAUUUUCAGUUGUUGGUUUAUCAAAUCAAAAAAUCUUGGGAAUUCCUGAAGAAAAAUUAAAUGUUUAUGGUGGUGCUGUUGCAAUUGGUCAUCCAUUAGGUUGUUCAGGUGCAAGAAUUGUUGUUACUUUAGCUAGUGUUUUACAACAAGAAGGUGGUAAAAUCGGUGUUGCAGGUAUUUGUAAUGGUGGUGGUGGUGCUUCAUCAAUUGUUAUUGAAAAAUUAUCAAGUGAACAUAUUUCUUUGUAA